UUACCGUUGUGCGACUAAAGUUGCAAUUUGCAACCUUUUUGAUGAUCUGUGACUAUAUGUGCAACUUUUUUAUUAUCUUCUAAUUUUGCCACUUUUUAAACUUUGUGCGACCUUUUUGCGACUUUUUUAUUGCUCAACAAUAUAAGUUCUAUUCUUUUUUAUUUGGUAUAGUGCAUUUAUAUUGUACUGGAUUUAGUGUACAGUAUUUCACAUAUAUGUCAAAUAAAUCAUCAUAGAUGAGGUAAACCCUGUAAAAGUUCAAAUGUACAUGCCGUUCAAAUUCAAACUAAUUUCACGUCGCUAUUGCUAACGCCGUACGCUGCAAUUAUGCGACACAGUAGUUUGAUCAGUUGUUUGUGUUACCUUUUGAUCAUUAUUCUUUGAAAAACGAAAACAACGACAUUGGCGAAAGAGGAGUGCAAUUAAAUAUAUAAUUAAAAAUAAAGAGUACAGCAUUAAAUUGAAUUCAGUGAAGUAAAUAAUUAGUAUUUUGUGUUAUUUUGAAAACAAUAUUCAGUUUUUAGACGCUUGUGCUCAUUUUAUAUUAAAAACAAGUGUUUGUAAAAAUCUUCUAUGGACAGAUUUAUUGUUAGAUCAAAAAGAAAGGCUGACGAUGAAUCUCCCAACAAAGCAAGGCUGACCCUGGGCAAAGGAGCUGACACGAUAAUUGAAACAAGUUCAGAAUCUGAAAAGAACACCGAGUCCGAAUCGGAAAAUGAUGAAGAACCUUCAUGUUCCUCCAAAAAACGCAAUAUUUCCCGGUAUUAUUCCAAGGAAUGGGAGAUGCAAUACAGGUGGCUUAAGCAAGAUGGUGAGACAAAGCGGCCCCUGUGCAUUGUUUGUAAACAACUUUUGUCAAACCAAAAAAACCAUCUUCGACGACAUGCUGAAACAAAGAAACAUCUUAGUAACAUAACCAAAACAUCUGAAAAUGCGAAAAUACAACUGACUGAUUAUUUGCCACAUCGAAAUACAGACUUACGAAAACAUGUCGCUAUUGCUGAAAUUAAGUUGGUGUUACGUGCAAUUACAAAAAACCAAUCUUUCAAUUCUAUGGACGGACUUGGUAAAUUCAAUUCCAUGAUUUUUCCUGAUUCAAAUAUAGCUAAAUUGGUAUCAUGUGGUCGUACAAAAUCAACUGCAAUUGCACAGUUUCUCGGUAAAGAAGGUCAACUCGCUAUAGUCUCUAAAAUGCAAAAACAACAAUUUAGCCUCAUUAUAGACGAGACAACCGACAUUUCCAUCAAUAAAUGUCUAGUAAUGGUAGUGAGGCAAUUCAACAAGGACCGAGGAAAGACUGAAGAUAAUUUUUUUCAAUUAGUACAACCAGAAAAUGGAAAAGGCGAAACAAUUUGUAAUGCCGUUAUUGAAUCACUAGAAAAUAAUAAGAUUCCCUUAGAAAAUUUUAUCGGGUUUGCAACUGACAACGCUUCCAGUAUGGUUGGGAAAAACAUUGGGGUGUCUAGUUUAUUAAAAAAGAAAAUCCCCCACCUGUUCCAUCUUGGUUGCGUUUGUCAUUCUGUAAAUCUUAUGAAUAUUUCAGCUUUGAAAUGUAUACCAGAAGAAGUUGAAAAGUUACCCAAGAACAUUUAUAAUUUUUUCAAAAGUUCAAACAGGCGAGUAGAUUUUUCAGAAUUGCAGGAUAUGUUCAAUGUCCCAGAACACAAGCUUUUAAGUCUUUCGGAUACUAGAUGGCUUUCGUUCGAGUCGGUGGCAAAACGAAUUGUAGAACAAUGGACGAUAUUACAACAUUAUUUCCUUCGGGCUCAAUGUGAAGAAAAAUGUCCAAGGACAAUGGAUAAAAUACGUGCAAUUCAAGAUGGAUUGUCGUCUGAAAACCUCAUUUAUUUAAAAUUCUUGGUAUAUAUUUUGGGUCUUAUGAAUAAAUUUAACAAAUGCUUUCAAAGCGAGUCAUCACAAAUAGUAUACCUGAUUACAUAUACAAAGGAAAUUUUACUCCAAAUUUUACAAAAUUUCCUGAAGAAGGAAUAUAUAUCGGUCACAAAGCUAGAAAGUAUAAAUUUUAAAGAUACACAUAAUAUAAAGAUGUUUUAA